AUGAUUUUACUUGCAUCUAUUCUUCUUCUUCUUUUCACCUCAUUUUCAUCCUCUGUGCCAAGUUGCAAUGUAUCUCUCUGGGCUAAUUUCAAAGAUAUGACAUGUUCCGGAACACCUAAUAGUACUUUCACAGCUGCGGUUUACAAUGGCAGUUGUACAGCACUUCCCGAUGAUCCCAAAUCCGCCGCGUACCGAUUUGUGUAUGAUGCUGCUACGAAGACUGUUGAAAACUUUCGAACACCUGCUCCAUUGAACGUGUGUGUUCCAGCUUUUAUAUAUAUUAGUCCGUCGAGCAGUUCGCAAAUAGGUGGUAUGGUAUUCAGUUGUACUGAAUAA